ACCCUUAAAACAACCAUUUUCUCUCACAAACUCCACAACUGUGCAGUAUCAUUGAGAAGGCCACAGACGCAGAUACUAUAUAACCAUCCAGAAGAUAACCAGCUGCCUUAUCAGAAAAUUGCCCAAAUAUUCUCCAUUUGAUACAAAGCUCCCAUCAGCAAAGAAUCGAGAUGAAGGUUGCGGCGAACUUAUCGUUCAUGUUUGGAGAAGCAGGAGGCCUUCUGGCGAGGUACAAAGCGGCAAAAGAAGCAGGAUUCCAGGCCGUAGAAUGCGCCUUUCCCUACACUGUCCCUUCUGAGGAAGUGGCUUCAACCUUAAAAGAACUUGAGUUAAAGCAAGUUCUUAUAAAUUCAGACCCUGGAAACCUGCAGGCUGGAGAGCUUGGGUUUGCAGCUUUGCCGGGAAAAGAGAUUAACUUCAGGGAAUCCCUUGAACGAUCGAUACAGUAUGCGAAGGCACUUGGCUGUGGCAAGUUGCACAUAAUGUCUGGACGCAGGAGCAAAGAUCAUGAUGAGAGAACGCACUUGGCUACCUUGGAAGCGAAUUUAAAUCAUGCUGUAAGCCGGCUUUCUGCAGAGAAUAUUAUUGGCUUAAUUGAACCAUUGAACCCUGUCUCUACACCUGGCUAUUUUCUCAAUAGUUUUGAGACUGCCCAGUCCUUGAUAGAGAAGAUCAACUCGCCCCAUCUGAGGCUGCAGCUAGACAUAUUUCACAUGCAGAUGAUAUGUGGCAAUGUCACAAACAACAUCAAGAAGUUAAUGCCAAUUGUGGGUCAUGUGCAGGUCGCCCAGGCACCCCAUCGCCAUGAACCAUCUUGCUCGGGAGAACUCGAUUAUCCUUACAUAUUUUCAGUUUUACGAGAGGCUGGUUACGAGGAUUAUGUUGGUGCAGAAUAUAGUCCGUCAACAAACUCAGCCAAUUCUCUACAGUGGUUGGAGAAAUGCCAGUUGCAAUUUUAGAAAAAUUAUAAUGGAUGAUGUGUAUACAUAUAUAUUAAUUCUGAAGCAAUAAAUUAUAUGCCACUGUUA